CUGAAAACCCUUACGUAAGGAAGAUGAUGCUGAAUGUGUCGCCGCAACUCCCAUGACAACUUCUACAUUAUUCUACGUGAAAAAAAAUGAAAAGAGAACACAUAAAAUAAGCAUCAAUUGUUUGUACUAGAGAUUUGUGGUGGCGAUUGGAAACUCAGCAAACGGACAUUUACUUUGGAAUACACUGAACCAUUUGGGCAAAAACCACCAAUAUAAUCUUGUUCUGUCUUUUUGUAGAAUAAGAAAUAUCACUAAUCAUACAAAAGAAUGCAUUUAUUUUCUAAAAUAUAUAAACUCAACAUCUUAGAUCCUUGCAAUGUGGAACGAAGUUUAAUUAAUUCUUGACUUGAAUGACGUUAAUGAAAUUUUUCAUUAUUAACGACGCUAUGCUAGAAGAAUGGAAAAGAAAAGUCACUUGUGCCAUUAAAAUGCAAAUGCGAUCCGCGUCAAAUAAAGACAUAAACGGAUUAGGGAUCAUGAAGUAUGCAUUUUUAAUCCCUCCUACGUAAAACAUAUCCUCAAAAGUUUUGUUGCUAUUGCUUUUUGGAAAACGUUGUUACUAAUAUUUCUCUAAUAUUUAAUAUUCCACUCACUGGAGGAUUAUAUCUUAUUCGGAAAGAAACAUAGUUUCAGAAUAGUUUAUUAAAUUAUUAUCUCUGUUUUAAAAACAUUAACCGCAUCGGUACACAUGCACUUAUUUUCCCUAAGCAUAAAGCCUGAAAUUUUAUUUUUCAAGUCCUUUUAACACUUUAGUAUUUUACACCCAGGGUAAACCCUCUCCACCAUAGCUUGAAAAUAAUAGUUUCCUUAAUAUAUUAUAUGGAGGAUGAACUCCUGACUUCGUGAUUCCGUCCCUACAGGCGUCAAAACAACAGCAUCUGAGCUUUAAAACCACUAGAAGUGACUCUAUGCGCCCAAAAACAUAUACAAGUGUCUUCGCUUCCUGUACGGUUAAAAAAAUACAUCUUACAUUUUAACUAAAAUAUUUACCACAUUUUCAAAUAAAGAAUGCUAUUUUAGCAUAUUUGCUACGCAGUUACUUCAGAACCAGUCAGUUAGUUUUUCUGGACAAACAGACAUCAGCCUUAACAACAGGCGCGACUUUCUACAUUAUUCUUCGCACCAACAUAUCUAAGCAAGCGAUGCCUGCACCAAGGUACUUCUAGACGUAUCGCUGCACAAAAACAUAUCGCAACCGCUCCCUUUGCACCCUACUUACACUACACAUAAUUUUGAAGAAACGAAAUCUGAAAAGUUAACUCAUUAGUCUAAUAAAUGUAGGUAAUAUUUGAUAUCAGAGAUUAAAAAAAGAUUAUUAAGCAUCUAGCCUCAGGUAAAUAUUAAAAAUAUUGUAGUUGUAAAUUGUAGGUGGUAACAUACUCUGCAUACAUGAUAAUAGAUCUGCGUAGAUGAGAAAACCAAAUCUUGUAAGGAUAAAUAGCUAGGUUCUUCAAAAACAAACAAGCAGACAAAAAAUAGAUAAGUUAAUAGUGGUGCUACUCCUAAUAUUAAGCAUGUGACAGAUAUAUAGAUUUGUAAAACCAAAGGUAUGAGCAGUUUAUUAUUAAUUCACCAGAUAAUAGUCCAAAUUUUGCUACAAGUGACUGCAGUAUAGAUAUUAGAAGAAGAAUAAAUAGGUGUCUUUUUAUAUAUGGAGGUGGUGACCGCCCCAAAACGUUUCUGUGUGUUCUCGUGAGGGAAAAUGUACCAGCCGUGUCGAACUGUCAUCGACUGCGAUAACCGCGUCGUGUUGAACAUCGGUGGCAUUCGCUUCGAGACUUACAAAGCCACCCUAAAGAAAAUUCCAGCCACUCGUCUAUCGAGGUUGACCGAAGCCCUCGCUAACUACGAUCCAGUUCUCAACGAGUACUUCUUCGACCGCCAUCCAGGAGUUUUUGCCCAAAUUCUCAAUUAUUAUCGCACCGGAAAACUCCAUUACCCAACAAACGUUUGUGGACCGCUUUUUGAAGAAGAGCUAGAGUUCUGGGGACUGGACGCCAAUCAGGUUGAACCUUGCUGCUGGAUGACGUAUACUGUGCACAGAGAUACUCAAUCUACUCUAGCUAUAUUAGAUAAUUUAGACUUGGAUGCUGAAAAGCCGAGCGAUGAAGAGUUAGCUAGAAAGUUUGGUGUCGAAGAGGAGUAUCUGGCGGGAAAGAUGAGCUGCUGGCAGAGGAUUAAACCGAGAAUAUGGCUUUUAUUUGAUGAACCUGCUUCUUCAAUAGCAGCCAAG